AUGCGGCCUUUUUUCUCGACACACAGAGCAUCUGAGCUAGAGCUAGCCGCCAUUCAGAUGAUCGCGAAUGGUUACACGGCUUUCCUCAGUGCAGACGGCACGUACGUCAAGAACGCAGAAGGCACUCCUCUGUUCAGAGACGCACAGGGUGGUGUGGUGACUAUUGCUGGAGAGG